AUGCCUCCCAAUGCAAGGGAUAUGUUAUACGAGAACCUGCCUCCUAGUGUAAAAUAUUCUUUGAGAUCCAAACUGGAAUCUUUUCAUGUCAAGGAAGAGGUGGUUGGAGAUUUGAGCUCCUGUUGGACAAUUUGUGUGUGUGUUUGGGCUCAUCCAGUUAAAAAAAUUAUUGUCACAUUUCCAAUAAAUUGGAUGAAAGGAAAUGGCAAGUUUCUCACUAUAACAGAAAUCAAAGCUGAGAUGGAGAAAACUUUGCACUGGCUUGUUCCUAUUGCCACAAACACAGCAAAGUCUGAAGCAAAUCGGAAGCCAGCUGGGCCUAUUGAGGCGAUUCUGAUUGAGACACUCCACCAUGCAGACAGGGAGAAGACAGAAUCCUUAAUUCUUGAACUAGUCUUGUGGCUUAACUAUUUUAUAAGCCAAUCGAAGGCUGGCGCAAAAGACGGUGGCAAGAGGACGCCAAUUAAUUCACCCCUCCAGGAAGCAAAUCAGCAGCCCGUGCAAGGAGCGGCUAAUGCUUUGUCACCAAUUUUAAGCAUUGAAGACCAGGAGAUGUUGCAGGAUGUUAGCAAAAGAAAACAGAGAGGAAUCAGUAAGAGUCGGGACUUCGAUUCUCUGAAAAACACGUUAAGAAAGCAUGACAGAGUAGGCAAAUUUAGCAGUCAUUCCCCAACAAGGGGAAGCGACGAAGUGAUAUCUAUGAAGAGGCAUUCCUCUAGCAUUCUUGCUCUUAAUUUUGGUCGUGACAAAAAGAAAGCAUUGGGUGUCAUUGAUAGGGACGACACCCAGAUGUAA